UAUUUUACGUUUAUUACACACUGAAAUGGCGCCCAUCAUAAUUCCCGAGGUGGACAUGCUGAGCGUGUCCAAAAGCUCUGAAGUGGAGCGGCGUGCCAUUCUGGGCUUUGCGCCCAAGAUUAAGCUGGUGACUGUGGACUACGCGGCUCUGGAUAGAAUCGACACCUUCUACUUGGACUGCCAGAAACAUCGCGACUUCUACCGGGAUCCCUACGACAAACUGCACAAACCGGCGGCAUUCAAAUACCAUCAGGGAAAAUGUGGCAUCAAGCUGGAACACAGCGUGGAGCAGCUGCGUAGCCCGAUCCGAUGGGUUGAGGAGCGCAAACCUCUCGUCUAUCCGAUGACCUACAACUCCACAAUGAGACUGAACACUUUGGCGGCGUCCAUGAUGGGGGGACGCUACGAUCCCAGCUCCUGCAACCGCUACAAACGAUAGAUCUAAACUCUGAUACUUUCACAGAGAGAUAAAUUACGAUUUAGCACCGCCAAGACUAACAAAUUUAACUAAGAGUCAAUAAAAAUUGAUGUAUGACAGGAA